AUGUCUUAUACUGGAUUUUUGGGGUUUCUUGAACGAUUCAAACAAGAGAAGUGUGAGAAGCUUUAUUAUUGUCAACCUGAUUUAGAAAUCCCAAAAGGUUUAACCUUGAUUUCUAAUGAACUUCAAUAUCAAGAGGUUUUAGACGUUGCUUAUCGGUGUGGAGUACAACUGCCUAUUUACAUGGACCAUUAUGGUACUACUGUGCACAUUACUAAGGAAAAUGAAACUGAGGAUAAUUAUUAUGUUAUGUCAAACAUGUCAAUCGAAAGGGAAGAAGGUAUUAACCUAACUGAGUUCAUGAGUCCACAACAGAGCAGCAUGGAAAGAGUAACCUAUGAAGGAGUAAGUCAGGCAAAUGAAUAUGAGGACGCCACAGAAGGUGAAAAUCCAAAAUAA